AUGGCCCCAAGGCGCCAUGGCUCACCUGGGCCAAACGUUGUCUUUCUUCCCUUAACAGCGAUUCCUGCGCCCUGUUCUACCAAUUUCAAGGACAAGGGGAAGAACAAGAUCCAUCGACUGUACCAUCAAUUCGACUCUCCAACCCUCACCUUACCUCACCUCGCAUCGUCUCGUCUCGCCUCGCAUCGACUAGACCAAGCAGGUACCUACGGUCACGGUCAAGGCACGGUCCGGUACCAUCACGGUUGGCUUGUUCUCUCGGCUGCACCUCAAAUCUCGCUCGUACAAGUCGACUUUGGGCUUCGAGGCUUCAGGGCCGUCUGA